AUGGAGUCUGAAGUUAUACAACUGAAGUCCCAAAUUGAUAAAUUAAAAACCAUAGUAUAUGCCGUUUGUGAGAAAUACGCUGAUUUAGAGACACGAGUUAAUGACACGGCGUCAAGACAAGAUACGACAGAAAUCAAUUUGAAAAACAUUUCGUCUGAUUUUUACACGAACCGUGUGUUAUUCCCAGAGAAACGGACAAACCCUGAGUUGUGCCCAACUAAAACUAAACCAUUACAAACACCACCACUACUCCUUCCUCAAUCGUUUGAUUUGAACAAAAGUUUCUCGCAGUUACCCGACAGUGAAACGAGUGAAGUGUUCAACAAGAGUUCAUCACUUUUAUCAAUGAGAGUACCUUUGAUGAAUGUUCCAGUGAAUUUUGAUAUCACUGUGAGUGUCAGUUCCAACUCCCCACCAACACUGAGCGGACCGAAUGUGUACUUUAUAGACUCAAUGGCGAGCGAAGGAGUGACUGCGACGAUGUUUUGUAAAUUGCACGAGUGGUGUGGGGCGAGUUCUUAUCACCUUUAUUUUGACUCCCGCAUUGGUCCAAUAGAAGACGACACUUUAAAUAAGGCGGUUGGAGUCGAUUGGGACAAAACAGCGAAACAAACGAAGAAGCGUGUGUUAUACUUGUUUGUGACAAGUGAUGGGUAUGUCUUUGGUACAACACAUCGCCGAGUUGGAAAGACUGAAGAUUCAACUACUAAAGUAGUCAUGGACGAUGCAGACAGUUUUAUCUUUAGUUUAAUUAAUCCGACUAAAACGGCUAUGAAAGUCAUACCAAAGUAUACACUAACGACUGAUUUAUAUCAGAACAACCACAAUUACUUCAUUAAUUGCGCUUUUUCUUUAAAACGGAAUGAAACUAAAGAGUUGGAAGGAAUGUUCUCAACUAACUUCUCUACCUAUUUUAAAACAGAAAAGGUCGUCCAACACGGAGAAGACGCUUACUUCUUAAUGAAUUCACCAAACAAAUUUAUUGUGAAGAGAGUAAUUAUCUUUUACUAUGAAAAGUAA